AUGAGCGUUCCUUCUCUCACUCCAUGGACCACAUCCGCCUGGCCCACCAAGACGGUGUUGAGCAGCGUCAACCCCACCCACACCUCGGCGUUGUUCAGCUCGUUGUCGUCGGCAGCGGCUAGAGCCCAAACCGACACCGACCCAAUCGACUUGAUCUCGUUGUCCAGAAUCAUCAGAGGUGCCCAGGCGUCGUUGUCCAUCAUCAGCGCCGAGCAGGUGUUGGCCACUGCCACCGCUGACAGCAUCCAGGCCCAAGCUACCAGAGCCAUCUUCGAGCAGACAGUCAACUUGAAGGACUUGGCUCGCGAGGAGAACUUGUACAACAUGCCGUUGAACCACCCAGCAAACAUCAUCUACCUCGUUGUCUACGCCAUCAUCUUCGCCUACAUUACAGGCAUGUUGGUCAAGUCCAGAUACCACUGGUUCAACAUCACCUUCUUCUGUGGCUACGCUUUGGAAUUUGCCGGGUUCCUUGGAAGAGUGUUGUCCCUCACUGACAACACCAACUUACAGUACUACCUUCUCCAGUACGUGCCGCUCACCAUCGCGCCCGCGUUCAUCAUGGCGGGAAUCUACUUCCUCUUUGCCCAGUUGGUGGUGAUCCACGGCCGUAAGUACUCGGUGCUCAAGCCCAUGUGGUACUCGUACUUUUUUAUUGCCAGUGACGUGCUCUCCCUCAUGGUUCAGGCCAUCGGUGGAGGUAUGGCCUCGGCUGCUUCUAAGGACCACAAGGACACCAAGCCUGGUACCGACGUCAUGAUCGUGGGUAUCUGUAUCCAAGUCGUUGCCAUGACCAUCUUCGUUGUUUUCUGGUUUGAAUUCUUGAACAGAUUGUUCUUCAAGGAUUCCAAGGACAUCAAGGCUACUACCGAAUCUCCAUACACCAAGCGUUCUUUUGCCAACUUCUUCAGAUUUUUGUUCAACACUAAGAGCUCGAGAGAUUACAGACAGAUGUACCAGGAUUCCUACUACAACCAAAACUUCAAGAGUAUCCGUGAACGUAAGUUAUUACCAUACUUCCCAUUGGCACUCACAAUCGCCGUGGUCCUCAUUUACAUCAGAUGUGUUUACAGAGUUGUGGAGUUGGCACAAGGCUUCACCGGCUACUUGGUCACCCACGAAGUCUACUUGAUGGUCUUGGAUGCAUUCAUGAUUGCCAUCAGUGGUCUCAUUUUCAUUCCAUUCCACCCAGUUCUCGUUUUUGGCUCCACCAACCUUAUUAAGGUCGCUACUAUUAAGAAGAAUUUGGACGAGAAAUCCACCAACGACACUCGGCUUCAAACUAUGACCAACAAGAUGGAAUCAGUGGCUUUGAUCAUUUAG